CGACUCUCUAAUUACGUGGAACUAGUUUUCAAUUUUCUCCACCACAAAUAGAGGACAGAUUUAUUCCAUCAAUAUUUGUAAUUUGCAGUCCCAUCAAUCAGCAAAUCUACAGAGGGUGCGGGGUGCCUAUCAGCAGCUAAUAUAAUCCACGUGGUGCAGUAUACAAAUAGUUUUAGAUGGCGCGAUCUUCCUGCAAACUAUCCUCUUCACCCAAGCUAGGUUUACAAAAUCAGCGAAGCAUACAUCACUGGUUUAUCUCAUGGAGUGGAAUCUUGUAACCAUUGAUGAAGAUCUUGUUGUGCCCAAUAACGGCAUUUCCGAGAGUUUUUCAUCCCACGAUAUUUGGUGUUCAUGGGAUAGAUUAGUGGGAAGCUUCAACUCCCCAAAGAAAUCCACCAUGUUGCGGGUGGAUGAUUGUACUUUGACCGAACCCAUGUUCUCUAGUGAUGUUGAACAAUAUAGUUUCGUGAGUGUUUCUUGCCAGCAAAGUGCUUGUCCUCACGAGCAUUCAGAUAUUCAACUCGAUGAUGAUCUUGUCAUUCUUGAUGACACGGACGACAAUUCAUUACCGUACCUUCCGGCCCUUAAGAAUACAUUGUUCCAUGCAUGUGCAUCCAUCCGCUUAAUGUUCGAAGAGGAUUGCUCUAUUCAGGAUUGUAGCAGUGGUUUUGAGAAUGCCAGCCAACCUCCACCAGCAAAGGAACUGAAAUUUGAGAUCUGCAUCUCAGAAGAACACUUUAAUCUGCCUGAAGAUAUGAGUGAGGAGGACAUGUCUGUGUUGCUGGAUUUACAGAGCUUGACUGUCCAGUUGGCAAAGAAGACAAGAAUCUGCUUUCGCGAUUCUUUCUAUCGCCUCGCGGAAAAUUCUAGGCAUGAUUCUGAUCGGACUCAAAACAGUAAAGAAGCCACAGAAAAGUGUGGACCAGCAGCAGUUGAUAAUGGAUCAUUGAGGUCACCAGAAUCCAAAGCCAAAAAUUCUAACACAAAUGCUAUCGACCGAACAGUUGCAACUCUCAUGUUCAAUACAGUUAAAUGUUGCAAUGUUGAUGCAACCGAAAUACCAGAUCUUUUUGCUGCAAGUAAACAUCAUGCCAAUUUCAAUGUUUAUCAGCCAAAUUCAUCAAUUUGGAACUUUCCAGGUGGUGAUGGGAAAGUGCCUUCACCUGUUUGGUCUUAAUGAGAUAAAUUCUGGCACCUGAAAGGCCUCUACUAAAUCUAAAAUGUGGAGAAUUUUUCUGUAAUUUAGACAUAGUUGAGUGUUAUAGCGACUAUGCCUUUUGCAGAUGGUUAGAAAGAGAUAAAUAUGCCGUUCGUCCUUCAGUAUUUAUUGAUAGCAAUGUGUGGUAAGCUUUGUAUGAGAUU